AUGGCGUCGUCUUCAUUUAAAUACGAUAUAAUUACAUUAAUUGAACUCGUAGAAACUAAACCAUGCUUGUGGGAUAAAACUCACGAGGAAUAUAAAAAUAAAACACUCCGGGACAAUAGUUGGCGAGAAGUAUGUGAAUACCUUGAAGAGGGAUAUGAAGUUUUAAAUCAGGAUGAGAAAAAAAAGACUGCACAACUCAUUAUAAACAAAUGGAAUAAUAUAAGAGACGCCUUCAUUAGAUCUCUUAAUGUAAAGUCAGGGCAAGCUGCAAAAAAACCAUAUGUGUAUCAUGAAAACCUAAAAUUUUUACUGAAAUUUGCAAAAAAAGCUGAAACUGAUGCCAACAUUGUGGAAGAAACAGAACAACAUCAUGAAGUGAUCGCUGCCAAUGAUAUUGAACAUUUUGAAGGAGAAAGUAGAAAGAAGGAGCCGUCAAAAAAUAAAAGGAAAAUAGACAACAUUGAGGCCGCAAUAUUAAAAGAAAUAAAAGAAAAUAAAACUACAAACUCUGAAAGAGUGUUAACAGAGGACAGUUUUUUUACGUCUUUCAUACCAUAUGUUAAAGAUAUGUCAGAACCAGAGAAAAUACAGCUACAAAUGGACCUUCUAUCUAGUAUACAAAAAAUUAAACAAAACCGAGUCCUUCAUCAACGUGUACAAUCACCAUAUAUUCUCGUAAAACCUGCACCUGGAUUCAGUAGAUCAUAUCCAAAACAUGGCCAUUCGAUUCAUAGCAAUUCAAUAAAGUCUCCCUCAUCUAUAAUACUGUCAUCUCCUUCACCUACAAGCAGCUCCUAUACUGAUGUACCAAGUCCACAAUCAGUUGUAAUUCAACAAACAUCGACUUCAAGCAACUCCUACAUUGAUGUACCCACUCCACAACCAGUUGAAAUUCAACAAACCUGUGAAUCGGUUACAGAAUCCCAUGUUAAUAACUUUCAGCACUUUUUCGAUAAAUAUACAGAAUUGUGA